UCCCCUUCCCUUCCUCCCCUUCCCCGCCCUCCACCCCCACGGUAAACCCUAACCCUAAAUAUUCAAUCAAGAAUCAAAAUUAAGAUUCAUCUUAAUUUCAUUUCAAGUUUGUUUCAAAAAAUUAAAAAAAAAAAGUUAAAAAAAUUAUGGCGCAAGUAGAUUCUCAAGUUGAAACCCUAGAUUCGACGUCUGCCAGUGAUCAGUCUCAGUUGUCGUCUUCGGAUCUGUCGCGAUCGGCAUCGUUUAGUAAGCUUAACGCCCGCGCUCCCGAGUUCGUUCCGGCGCGGUCUCCUGCGACGACUCCGACGACGCCAUCAUCUGCUUCGACGUCGGUGUCUCAGUCGCAAGUGCAAUUACAAGUUCCGCCUCCGCCGAGAAUGAUGAUGCCUCCACCGGCGGCUUUUCAUAAUCAUCAUCCGCCGCAUGUUUAUUCUCCGCAUCAAGGGACGGCGUUUCAUAUGCCGAUGCAGAAUCACGUGAUUCCGGUGCAUCCUCAUCAUCAUCAUCAUCACCAGAUUCAGCAUCAUGUGCCAGUUCAGAAUUAUCAGAGUCAGCACCAUCAUCAUCAUCAUCGAAAUCACAAUCAGAAUCAUCAUAAUCAGAAGCAUAAACAGAAGCAAAAUUACUUUUAUCAUUAUGAGGAGGAGAAUCAAGAGGUUGAGGUUACAGUCGAGGAUCAGAAAGAUCAGAUGAAUCAGCAUCACGGUGGGUUAUCCGAUGAAUCAACUCAGAAGAUUUUGAAUCAGGUGGAGUACUAUUUCAGUGAUUUAAACUUGGCCACUACUGAUCAUCUUAUGAGGUUCAUUCACAAGGAUCCUGAGGGAUAUGUGCCACUAUCUGUUGUCGCAUCUUUUAAGAAGAUUAAAGCCUUCGUAAAUAAUAAUUCCCAGCUUGCUAAUGUUUUGCAGAACUCAUCAAAGCUUGUUGUUAGUGAAGAUGGGAAGAAAGUGAAACGCCAGAAUCCUCUAACUGAAUCAGAUGUAGAAGAAUUGCAAUCUCGCAUAGUUAUUGCUGAGAAUUUACCUGAGGAUCAUUGCCAUCAAAACCUUAUGAAGAUUUUCUCUGCUGUUGGGAGUGUUAAGAAUAUACGUACUUGUUUGCCCCAAAUUUCUGGUGGUGGGGCUCCGUCAGCAUCUAGAUCGACAAAAGUGGAUGGCAUGCUUUUCAGUAACAAGUUGCAUGCGUUUGUGGAAUAUGAAUCUGUUGAGCUGGCUGAGAAAGCGAUUGCAGACUUGAACAAUGAGGGAAAUUGGAGGAGUGGUCUUAGGGUCCGUUUAAUGCAUAAACGUGCGUCGAAGAAUGCUCAAGUUAGAGGGAAAAAAGGGCAUGAAGGGGAGUCGCACUAUGAGGAAGAAGAUACUUCCACAUCUGAGCAACAUGCAAAUGAGAAACAAUUGGAAGAUCUUCCCCAACAACAAUAUACGGGGGAAGAGCAAGUGCAUGAGAAAGAGAGUGGACAGAGAAAAGUGCGUAACAAGGGCCGUGGCAAGGGACGUGGGCGAGGUGACCGUGGUCAAUAUCAUCACAAUAACAGUAACCGUGGGCAUCAUAAUAUGGGAACACCACCAUCAAAUAAUAUGAACAAUAGUGAGCAGUCAACUGUAGGCAAGCAGCAACCCCCAGGGCCUCGAAUGCCAGAUGGAACAAGAGGAUUUGCCAUGGGUAGGGGGAAACCAGUAGCUGUGAAUACCUCAUGAAUUUUCUGUCCACAGAUUUGAGCCUCUCUUGUGACUGGUAUGGGACGAGAACAGUGGGGCAGAUAAUCAUGUCUGUACGAGUUGUGUAGAUGGCAGGGUUUCACAAGGGGUCUCCAUCGGGCAGAUUAAGCAUCGAGUUAUAUUAGCAGUAUGGAAGUACUUUUUUUAUUUUUUCAUAGUGUUGUGUAAUUUGGUAUGGACGAUGCAGAUGCAGAAACGAAUGCUGGUUAAAUCUUUUCUACAGUUUUUCUCUUCGUUGUAGAAAGCCAGCCCUUGUGGGGGCACAAAAAUAUACCUAUAGUAUGGAUACA